GUCAGUGAACUUUAAAUGUAAAUGUUAUUCAUAGUGCGUUACGGGUCAGGGGUCAGCAUUUCUAACAAAUCGUGUGCUGGUGAAUGGGGUCCAAUGGGAAAAUCCUGUCUGGUCCUUCAGUGUCCAAUGAGCUGAGCUCAGGGGGAGGGUCCGUGUGCUGCUCAGACAGAAAGACUUCAACAAACUCCUCCAAAAAGAUCCCUCUGGAUACAAAGAUGCCGUGUUUCCCGGGUUUGCUGUGGAAUUCGCCGUGAAUUAACGCGUCUGGAUAUUUCUCGGUGUGGAGUUAUGAACUUAUGAAGUUAUAUGUUAAGUCAUAUAUGAAGACGAUGCAAGUUUGCAGUGUGGUCUGAUAUGAGAAAUAUUACGCGCGUCUGAUGGAUGGAUGGAGAUUCCGGGCCCGAGUGGAUUUCAUGUGUGUGUGAAAUAAGACUCACGGCGGAUGAAAGAAGCGAAUCCUAACCAUGAAGGUCUGUUGGUCUCGGAUCUGCGUGUAAGACAUCUCAGGAACAUCCGCGAUGGCAGUCUCUGAAACCUUCCCGUGCUGGUGAAACUGCUGGAGACCUCACGCAUGCGGUUGAGCUCGUGCUGUGGAGAGACUGAAGCGAACAGCAGCAGAAGGGUCUGAGACAGCUGUCAGUGACCGAGAGCAUGAAGGAGAAGUCGAAGAACGCGGCGCGGACGCGGCGCGAGAAGGAGAACAGCGAGUUCUAUGAGCUGGCCAAACUGCUGCCUCUGCCCUCGGCCAUCACCUCACAGCUGGACAAAGCCUCCAUCAUCAGACUGACCACCAGCUACCUGAAGAUGAGGAUAGUCUUCCCAGAAGGUCUCGGGGAAUCUUGGGGUCAUGUGAGUCGAGCGAGUUCUCUGGACAAUGUGGGCCGAGAGUUAGGAUCACAUCUGCUUCAGACUUUGGAUGGCUUCAUUUUUGUGGUAGCUCCUGAUGGGAAAAUCAUGUACAUUUCUGAAACUGCAUCAGUGCAUUUAGGGCUGUCACAGGUAGAGCUGACGGGGAACAGCAUUUAUGAAUACAUCCACCCCGCAGACCACGACGAGAUGACCGCAGUCCUGACGGCUCACCAGCCGUAUCAUUCACACUUCGUCCACGAAUAUGAAAUGGAAAGGUCUUUUUUCCUGAGAAUGAAAUGUGUCCUUGCUAAAAGAAAUGCUGGCUUGACGUGUGGUGGUUACAAGGUCAUUCACUGCAGCGGCUAUCUGAAGAUCCGUCAGUACAGCUUAGACAUGUCUCCGUUUGACGGCUGUUAUCAGAACGUGGGUCUGGUUGCUGUGGGUCACUCUCUCCCCCCCAGCGCAGUAACCGACAUCAAGCUCCACAGCAAUAUGUUCAUGUUCAGAGCCAGCCUGGACAUGAAACUCAUUUUCCUGGACUCCAGGGUUGCGGAGCUCACUGGCUACGAGCCGCAAGACUUAAUAGAGAAGACACUUUAUCAUCACGUCCACAGCUGUGACACUUUCCAUCUCCGCUGCGCGCACCACUUGUUGCUAGUAAAGGGACAAGUCACCACCAAAUACUACCGAUUCCUGGCUAAGCAGGGUGGGUGGGUGUGGGUACAGAGUUACGCUACUAUCGUACACAACAGCAGAUCGUCCAGACCACACUGCAUCGUCAGCGUCAACUACGUCCUCACGGACACAGAGUACAAAGGACUACAGUUGUCCUUAGAUCAGGCGACAUCCACUAAACCCUCGUUCACCUACAACAGCCCCCCUACCCCCAUCAUUGAGAACAGAAGAGUUGGCAAAAGCAGAGUCUCCCGUACCAAGACCAAAACAAGACUCUCGCCCUAUUCACAGUAUCCGGGUUUCCCCACGGAUCGCUCAGAGUCAGAUCAGGAUAGCCCAUGGGGAGGAAGCCCACUCACUGACUCUGCAUCUCCUCAGCUUCUGGAGCAGUGUGAAGGCAUAGACUCCUCAUGCGUGUACCGGCAGUUCCCAGAACCACGGCCGCUGUGCUACAGCCUACCACUGACAGAUGACCAUCAUACCUCUAGUGAUCUCUACGGCCACACUCACUCCGAGUCCUGCGAGAGGGGUCGCUGUAAGGCUGGCCGAUACUUCCUUGGCACCCCUCAGCCUGGACGAGAGGCAUGGUGGGGUGCAGCUCGCUCUGUUCUCCCAUUGCCCAAGUCUUCAUCCGAGAAUGGGGACAGUUUUGAAGGUGUGAUGCCCCACAUCACCUCUAUCCAUAGCCUGCAAGUGAGGGGUCACUGGGAUGAGGACAGCAUGGUCAGUUCACCUGACACGAGCGAUUCAGGUGACCGAUACCAUGGUGAGCAAUGCCGUUCAAGUCCUCAAGAGCCCAGCAAGAUUGAGACGUUGAUUCGAGCCACGCAACAGAUGAUCAAAGAGGAGGAAAGUCGUCUCCAGUUGAGAAAGGCUUCUACAGAAAUACCUUUGGAGUCUACAAACAGUCUGGCAAAGAGCCACGGCUCCUCGUUUCACAGUACCGACUUUUCCCAGUCAGCAUUGCAGAGUGUGGUGUGUCGAGGGCCGGCUCAGGUUAUAAGCCCCACCACUAGUCCUGUUCCUCUGUCCCGUCUCAGCAGCCCCAUCUCUGACAGACUGGGUAAAAGUAAAGACUUCCUGCAAAAUGAGCUCUCCUCUUCUCAGCAACACCAGCAGCCACUGCCCCUGACGGGCACAUGUGCUGUCUCUCCGACUCCAGCGCUAUACCCCUCACACCCCCGCCAGUACCUGGAAAAACACACAGCCUACUCGCUCACCAGCUACGCACUAGAACAUCUGUAUGAGGCAGACAGCUUUAGAGGAUACUCCCUGGGUUGCUCAGGUUCCUCCCAUUACGACAUGGCCACUCAUCUGCGCAUGCAGGCUGAACAAGCACCGGCCCAUAAAGGCACCUCUGUCAUAAUCACCAACGGCAGCUGAUGCUUAUCAAAUCACGAACCACCACUCAGCGCUUCACCCUCUCACUCAAGCUAGCCUAGAAUUUCUGAUUUGAUUUGUUCUUGUUCUUACACAUUCUACAAAUACUUGUUUUCUAGUAAAAAAGUAAGCAUCCUUAAAACAAACAAGUACUUAAGAAGCAAAAUUGCUUAAGAUAUUAUGAUUUUUUCUUUCUUUCUUUCUUUCUUUCUUUCUUUCUUUCUUUCUUUCUUUCUUUUUAAAUACUGAGGUUUAUGCUGAAGAAAAAAUAAUAAGCUAAUAGAAAGUAAACAAAUUUUAUAUUAUGCAAUUUUGUAGAAGUAAAUUGAUCUUAUUUAAAGGAUGUUUAGAUAUUUUUGCUAGAAAACAAGACAAACAUACUAAGUACACUUUUGCAGUGUAUUAAGGGAUGUGAGUUCUGUCACUAUUAUAAGAUGUAAAUGCUUGAAUGAAUGGGGAUUGUUCAAAUAAUUUGUGAAAGUAGGAGAAUAAUGAGAAGCAUGAAUUACAUGAUCUCAUAACAGCACAUUGAGGUCUCAAAAAUCUAAACAGAAAAACAGUAUUUAAUUUAUUUUUAUUUUUUAUUUUUUUUGGCGAGGUGGGGGGGUGGUCACAAUACUUUAUGGAUAAGCAACAAGUAAAUUGAAAUUUUGGGAUAUUGUUUUAUUUCUUGUUCAUUAGUUGGUUUCUUUGUUAAUAUGUAUGUGUGUGUAUAUAUAUAUAUAUAUAUAUAUAUAUAUAUAUAUAUUUU